AUUUUUUAAAAAAGUAUACCCGAAAAAAAAAUCGAAACCGCUUGGAAGUAAAAGUCAAAUCAUCAAUAAAAAUAUAUAUUUUUCUACCGGACAGCAUAGCAAAAAGUAUGUGAAAAUCAUCAAUCAAAGCAAGCUUGAAAUAAAUUAAAGAUAUAUGUCAAUGUGCUAGUUUCUAAAAAGUCUCCAAAAAUCAUUCACCGCUGGACUUCAAACCGAUAACAUCUAACCAGGAAACAUUUUUGUUUAUCUUAAUGAAACCCAUUGAUAGUAAUAAGAUGCUGCGACUUCCAGCUGUUUGUGUUCAGCAGCUGCGCUUUAACCAACUUAUUACCGAUCCCAUGCCGCAGAGCUCUUUGCCCGUGUCGCCCAAGGACAUACGCCCUCGUGGGCCAGUUGUCGAGACGUAUGAGGGCAAGCAAGAAAACCCAGACGAUGCCGUGCUGCCGAUGCCUCCUCACAAGCUCCCCCUGGACCUAUUGGGGGAUUUGGCUAAGCUUGGGCAAAACAUGCUGAAUCUGGGGGAAACAAUACAGCAAAAGAAGUUCGAUUUCAAAGAGGCACUGAUCAUGGGAAAGGAUAACUUCAAAGAAGAGUUUCAGAAGCGAAAAGAAUCUAUAACUAAGCAAAAGGAGAGUGAGAUUCUCAAAUUGCAGAAUGGCAUUAAGAAAGCCAUUGAUUUAUUGAAACGUCGUUUCUAAUCAAUUUGUUUCCCCAUACAAUCUACACAACAAAUUAUGUUCUUGCAAACCAAAAAAAUUCAAAAAUAGGGUACAAGUUAAAUAAAUUGCUGUAGUUUUUUUGCGUGGUCU